AUGGUGGAGAUCGUCGAGGAAGAAGACGGCGGCGCUCCUCGGAGUUCCAGAACCGGAGAAUUCGUCAACGGUGGCGGCGUCGAGAAGAAGAGAAUAAAAGAAGUGAAUAUGGUGGAGAUCACGCUCAAAACAAUUGGCCCUUCUCCAUCUUCUCGCCUCCACAUUCCGUCUCCCGUCACGGUGCGUGACUUGAGGAAAUUGAUAGCUGAAGAUAAGAAUCUUCCGGUUGAAAAUCUGAGAGUAGUCCUGCACGGGAAGAUGGUGGAAGAUGGUGGAGAUGAUGAUAGGCUCGUUAGACUAAAGGAUAAUGAUUCUUUGAUUGUGGCUGUGAAACCAAAACCUCCUGCUAAGCAUCUCCAGGAUGGAUGUGACGACGACGAUGAUCUGAAAUUUCAGCUGCCACAAUCAACAAGUCCAUGGAAGAGAAAGCUGUACUUUUUUCUUCGCCACAAGUUGAAACUUCCAGAUAUGCUUUUAGCUGGACUUUUCUCACUCUCUGCAAAGGUUUGGGCGGUUGUUAUUUUGUGGUUCAUUUUGGCACCUGUUGCUAAUAGAUGGCAUCUUGGUCCUUUAUAUAUACUUGGCACGGGCUUUGCAAUUAUCUUCCUGAAUCUGGGACGAAGGCAAGCAGGAGAUGUUAGCGCAUAUUCAAUCUUCAAUGAAGACUUCAGGGAGCUUCCCGGCACUCUGAAUGCUGAUCGCUUGGAUAGAGAUAUCCGUGCUGGUCAGAUGUGA